UGAAAAACGAAUCAAUGGGCUCACAAAUUCCCAUAAUACAUCAUGUAUGUAGAAUGAUCCAUAGAAUUUUCUUCAAUAUUUAUCGUUUUAUUCCAAACAAAUUUGGCGGACUGGCCAAAUCAGUUCUUUUCCUAACUGAGUACGUAUCUCUUUAUUUGCACAAAAAUUUUGCACUACAGUCUACAAAGUUUAAUGCGACUAUUGAGCUUUGUCUUGCAUGCGCUUGUAGUGCUCGUGGAGGCCCCGAUUUCGAUUGACGCGAACUUGAAAAUAUAUCAUUGCAUUUCAUGUGAUUGAAGGUCGGCAAUUGGCAAACCGCCCUUGAUAAUCGUCGAGACUAGGAAAAAUCCGAGAUUAAAAUCUUGUUUUGUUUUUAUUCAGUGUUCGCAGCUCUAUGAUCUGCAAAGAUGUGGAGGCGGCUUGCUGAACUCUCUGGGCGCUUUUGUUCAUCAUUUAAACCUUCCCAUCUCCAGAUCCGACCAGCUAAUGGGAUAACUAAUUGGAAAGAGCUUUGUUCAGAUGCUCCCAAACAGGCAGUAGGUGGAACCUCUACUCGAAAAACAAUCCCAUUCAUAGCUUUUAUUCUAGGAGGACCGGGGAGUGGAAAAGGCACUCAAUGCAUGAAAAUUGUUGACACCUAUGGGUUCACACACAUAAGUGCUGGGGAACUAUUGAGGAAAGAAAUGGAUUCCAAUAGUGAAUGCAGUGCUAUGAUUCGAAAGAUUAUGAAUGAAGGAAAAAUUGCUCCAUCAGCUGUGACUAUCAAGUUACUUAAAAAGGCUAUUGAAUCAGGUGAAAAUGAUCGGUUUCUCAUAGAUGGUUUUCCCAGAAGCGAAGAGAACCGCAUAGCAUAUGAACAAAGUAUUGGUCGUGAACCAAACUUUGUGCUUUUCUUUGACUGUCCUGAAGAAGUGAUGAUCAAAAGAGUACUAAACCGUAACGAGGGACGACUCGACGACAAUGAAGAUACCAUAAGGGCACGUCUCAAGACAUUCAGAGCUAUUACUUUUCCUGUAAUUGAGUACUAUGCCAAAAAGGGAAAGCUUUACAAGGUUGAUGGUACUGGAACAGAAGAUGAGAUCUUUGAACGAGUCCGUCCCAUUUUUUCUGCAUUUAGGAAUGAAAUGUGUGGUUGAUGCAUACUGGUACAGCAAAGACUCAGAGAUAUUUGAACGAGUCUGCCCCAUUUCCCAUCAUUUAGGUAAACUGGUAGAGCGUGAUAACUUGGUCAUCUUCGGAAGCAGAUGACUUUUACAAUAAUAAACGAUUCAUGAUCACAUACAACUCUGUUUCUUUCCCUUCUUUACUGCGUUUUCCUUCAAUGGAGAUGAGGGUUGUAACAUCAGACUGUUCUAUAGAUACAAUAUCUUUCACUCAUCUUAUGACCUUAUGUCCAGCCCACGUCUUUUAAAAUAUCUGGAUGCUUAAUAGAUGGCUUUCACUCAGACUUUUCUAUAGAUACAAUUGCUUGCCACUGGAGCUUAUUGUAAAGGUCUCU